GCAAUCAUCACCCGCUUCGCAUUUUCCUCUUUACUUUUUCCGUGUCCCUCCCCGUCCCCGCCCCUUCCUUGCUUCUUUUAGCGGCAAAGGGCAAAAGGAAAAGGUAGAAAAACGACAACUUGCGCACACUUCGCAAAGCUCGCCUCUUUGUCUCUCUCUCUCUCUCUCUCUCUCUCUCUCGCUGCAUUUCAAGCUGAGACGAACAAGGAAGAGACCUCCGCGACUUGAGACGAAAGUAAGGAAUUCUGGGUAGCCCCUGCUUGCGGGAAGUUUUCUGUUUUCUGCGGUUAUAGUCUGCCCGUCUUCGCUUUUUCGCAUGCCGAAAGUCGGAGUUGAAUGCGAGUUUGAUCUUUCUUUGCGUCUCGCUCGGUGCCCUUUUUCGUUUUCGUCGCUACGGGUCGUGAGCAUGGCUGUUUGACCGUCAGCACUUUCGAUGAGGCCGUGAAACUGUUGCGUUUUUGGCUCUAGCCGUGUCUUUUCCCGUCGGCAAUGUCAGUUUGGCGACGUCAAUCCAGCUAGAACUGGAAUGCUGUUUGCUGUAAUUUUGGCAGUGAAAUUUGCGUGCUUGGAGUUGUCUGAGGUGGUGCGGGAGUGUGGGUUGUGGAGGCUUUUAGGAGACGUGGCAGCCGGGGACUUGCUGGAUUGCUGAAUCCUAGGUGAUUUUUCCAGAAAGUGGAGAGCCACCGUGCGUGCUAGUCGAAAAAGGAUCGAUUCGUGAUCAAUCUGCGUUGUGGCAGCAGAUGCAGAUCUGAGUGGGCCUUUCGAAAUGACGAGAGGGCAGAGGAGAAAGUUGCAUUUGAGCAAGCUCUACUCGUUCUCGUGCAUUCGUCCUCAUAGAGAAGAUAGACAUGCUGAAAUUGGUCAGAGAGGAUACUCGAGGAUAGUGUACUGCAAUGAACCCAAUAAACCAGAGGCAGUCCAAUUGAAUUACAAGGGUAACUAUGUGUCCACGACAAAGUACACUGUAGCUAAUUUUGUUCCCAAGUCUUUGUUUGAGCAAUUUAGGAGAGUUGCCAACAUAUAUUUUUUGGUCGUUGCUUGUCUUUCCUUUAGUCCCUUGGCCCCCUUUACAGCGCUUAGUGUCGUUGGACCUCUGGUACUCGUGAUUGGAGGUACCAUUGCCAAAGAAGCUGCGGAAGAUUGUGAACGAAGAGCGCAGGAUAUAGCAGCAAACAACAGGAAAGUUGAAGUUUAUAGUGGGAACGGUACGUUCCAAAGGACCAGAUGGAAGAAUCUCCGAGUUGGCAAUGUUGUCAAGGUAUAUAAGGAUGAGUAUUUCCCUGCUGAUCUGCUGUUGCUUUCAUCAAGCUAUGAAGAUGGAAUUUGUUAUGUUGAUACCAUGAAUCUAGAUGGAGAAACGAAUUUGAAGUUGAAGCAAUCACUUGAUGUAACAUCAUCACUUUGUGAUGAGAGAUGUCUCCAAGCAUUCACAGCUGUAAUCAGAUGUGAAGAUCCAAAUGACAGGCUUUAUUCGUUCGUUGGGAAUUUACACUACACCAGUAAAGAAUAUCCUCUUUCUCUGCAACAAAUUCUGCUACGAGAUUCCAAGCUUAAGAACACUGAUUACAUCUAUGGGGUGGUCAUCUUCACUGGCCAUGACACAAAAGUGAUGCAGAAUGCCACAGAUCCUCGUUCCAAAAGGAGUAAGAUUGAGAAGAGAAUGGAUAAGAUAAUAUAUAUCCUCUUCAUCUCUCUAAUUUUGGUAUCUUUUGUUGGAUCUUUCUUUUUCGGAAUUGAAACGAGAAGAGAUCUUGUAGAUCAAAAGUACAGAAGGUGGUAUCUUCGCCCAGAUGAUAGUACUGUGUUCUAUGACCCGACAAGAGCUUCUCUUUCUGCAUUUUUCCAUUUUCUGACUGGUCUCAUGUUGUAUGGUUAUCUGAUUCCCAUAUCACUAUAUGUAUCUAUUGAGAUUGUGAAGGUUCUUCAGAGUGUCUUCAUUAAUCGUGAUACUAGAAUGUAUGACGAGACAACAGAUAAACGAGCACGAGCACGGACAUCUAAUUUAAAUGAGGAACUUGGUCAGGUCCAUACCAUAUUUUCUGACAAGACGGGGACUUUGACUUGUAACUCCAUGGAGUUUGUUAAAUGCUCAAUAGCUGGUAUAGCAUAUGGAAAAGGUGAGACAGAAGUGGAAAGGGCACUGGCAAGAAGGGAUUGGCCUUCUGAAGCCCAUGAAAUUUCAAAUGAGACGAAUGAUAGUUGUGGUAGUGUAAAGGGUUUUAACUUCAGAGAUGAACGCAUCAUGAAUGGAAGGUGGUUGCAUGAGCCUCAUCCUGAUAUGCUAAGGAAAUUUUUUGAGGUUCUUGCAAUCUGUCACACUGUCAUUCCAGACAUGAACAGGCAUGAUGGAGAUAUAUAUUAUGAAGCCGAGUCAAGAGAUGAAGCAGCUUUUGUUAUAGCUGCUAGAGAGCUUGGGUUUGAAUUCUUUAAAAGGAAACAAACAAGCAUAUCAUUGUAUGAAUUAGAUUAUGUGACAGGUGGGAAGAUUGUCAGAGACUAUGAGCUUCUUCAUGUUUUGGAGUUCAGUAGUUCUCGCAAAAGAAUGUCAGUGAUUGUAAGGAGUGAAGGAAAUCUGCUGCUUUUGUGCAAGGGUGCAGAUAGUGUUAUGUUUCAAAGGCUGUCAAAAGAUGGGCGCCAAUUUGAGAAGGAGACGAGUGAUCACAUCAAAAAAUAUGCUCAAGUAGGUCUUCGGGUGAUGGUCAUCACAUACCGGGAGCUUGAAGAAGAAGAAUAUAAAAUAUGGGAAGAGGAGUUCCUAAGGGUGAAAGCUUCUGUUUCUCCUGAUGGAGAUGCCUUGUUAGAUGCAACUGCUGACAAAAUUGAGAGGGAAUUAAUCCUCCUUGGAGCUACAGCUGUUGAGGACAAGCUUCAAGAGGGAGUGCCCCAAUGUCUUGAAAAACUUGCCCGGGCUCAGAUUAGGGUAUGGGUGCUGACAGGUGACAAGUUGGAAACGGCAGUUAACAUCGGUUAUGCAUGUAAAUUACUGAGACAAGGAAUGAAAGAAAUAGUAAUAACUCUUGAUUCACCUGAUAUUGGAGUGCUGGAGAAACGAGGAGACAUGGAAGCCCUUGCUAAGGUAUGUCUGGAGAGUGUAUCUAAGCAAAUCAGAGAAGGACAAUCUCAAGUUACUUCUGCAAAAAAAGGUCCUAUGGAGUUUGGGUUGAUAAUUGAUGGAAAGUCCUUGGACUUUGUUCUUACCAAGCAUUUGGAGGACUCGUUUCUGGAACUUGCAACCAAUUGUGGUGCUGUUCUAUGUUGUCGGUCCUCACCCAAGCAGAAAGCUCUUAUUAUUAGAUUGGUAAAACGGAAACUUGGUGAAACGACAUUAUCAAUUGGUGAUGGUGCAAAUGAUGUUAGUAUGAUUCAAGAGGCUGACAUCGGAGUUGGCAUUAGUGGUGUGGAAGGGAUGCAGGCUGUAAUGGCAAGUGAUUUUGCAAUAGCCCAAUUCCACUUUCUGGAACGUCUCCUACUCGUGCAUGGCCAUUGGUGUUACAGGAGAAUAGCAAUGAUGAUUUGCUACUUCUUCUACAAGAACAUUGCAUUCGGACUUACUCUGUUCUGGUUUGAGGCCUAUGCUUCAUUCUCUGGUCAGCCUGCCUACAAUGAUUGGGAUAUGUCAUUCUACAAUGUAUUCUUUACUUCACUUCCUGUCAUAGCCCUUGGGGUUUUCGAUCAGGAUGUUUCUGCAUGCCUUUGCCUUGAGUUUCCUCAGUUAUAUCAAGAAGGAACGCAGAAUAUCCUCUUCAGUUGGUGCCGUAUACUUGGCUGGAUGGCCAAUGGGGUAGGCAGUUCUAUUAUAAUUUUCUUCUGUACCACCAAUGUGAUGGUUGAACAGGCGUUCAGGAGAGACGGUAGAGUAGCUGACUUUGAGGUCCUCGGAGUCACCAUGUAUACUUGUGUUGUAUGGGCUGUCAACUGUCAACUGGCUAUAUCCAUCAACUACUUCACUUGGAUCCAUCAUUUCUUCAUUUGGAGCAGCAUUGCCUCCUGGUACAUAUUCCUGUUGACUUAUGGCUACAUUUCACCAACAAUCUCCACAACUGCGUACAUGGUUUUUCUCGAGGCUACUACUCCGAGUGUUCUCUAUUGGGUCUCCACUCUUCUGGUGGUCGUUUCUACUCUGCUGCCUUACUUCUCAUACAAAGCUUUCCAAACACGAGUUCAGCCCAUGACCCAUGAUCUCAUUCAAAGUAUACAACAAGAAUGUUCGAAGAUUGAGACUUCUUAGGACAAAACUGAAGCAUCCAAAGGAAUGUACGGAGCAUUGUAUGUCCUGAAAAGAUUAAUUUCAAAUGUACUUGAUACAGAAUAUGUUGUCUGCAUGGCCGUGUGGCAAAAAUGCUGUAUUUAAUUCCAAGAAAGUAGCAGCUAGGUUCAGUGGAAAGGAGCUGAAAAAGAGAUGGUUCAUAGCCUAGGCCUGUUUGUACAUUUGCUAUAUAAGGCCGGUACUGUCAUGUAUAGGAAGAACCAUCUGUAUAACACUCGAUCUCAACCGGUGAAGACUGAAGACUCCUGGAUACUACUAUUUUAGGGCAUCUGGGGUAAGUUCAAUGGUGGUGAAUGUAUGUCAAGAACAUUCGGUACCCAUGUGGCUAUGUAGUCUGAGUUUUUAGCUCGAUUCGGUACCCAUGUGUCAUGAACAUUUUAAGGUGAAGUUUGCUUUGUGGUGUAUUCUAAUUCACGGAGGCCGCUGUGUUUUUCAGAGCUUCUCCUGAACAAUUUACCCAAAUCUGUCAUAGACAAGAUAAUAUCAAUGAAGCUUGUACUCAA